AUGCCCCUCACAGGGCAUUGUUUUCAGACCUUUUACCAUUUUGGUUGCCCUCCUCUGGACACAUCUCAGCUUGUCAGUGUCCUUCAAUUGUGGUAUCCAGAACUGGACACAGAAUUCGAGGCCCACCAAUGUGGCCCUAUAAACCUGUACCCAAUCCCGAAUAGCUGGAUUUGUCUUAAUGUUUUUUGCCUUCUUCUUUUUACAGAUGACGUAAGGGAAUAUUUUGCACAGUUUGGCACUGUCAAAAAAUGCUUAUUGCCAUUUGAUAAAGAAACAGGAUUCCACAAAGGCUUCUGCUGGGUUGGAUUUUCUACAGAGGAAGGUCUCAAAAAUGCCUUGCAGAAGGACUCUCAUAUUUUAGAAGGAGUUAAGCUUGAUGUUAAACACCAGAGAAAUAGAGUUUUUCCAGGACAACAUUCAGACCGAAGAAUUGCUGACAUCAGUUAAAGGAAGGAUAUUUUAUUUCGCUGCUAUGUAAAGAAACAGAAAUAAACUUGGAUAUGUAUUCACCUCAA